AGAGGAGGCUAUGCUCUAACUCAGGUGCCGAUGACUGCUGCCCUGGUCUCCUUCCGGUUUAACGGACGGUAUGGCGGCAGUAGCAUCAUAGAGAAAUAUGGCAUUGUUGGGUACAGUGAGCACGUGCGUGCAGAGGUUUCCCAGUCGGUGAAAGCGCAUCAUGAGUGCCCGCCGGGGAGGGCCUUCCGAGUCAGCCCCGAGGCGACCGCAGCGUGUGAAACGCUCCACACCGGUGCCGACGUCGCGUGCCGACCCACUCGUGCCGAAGCUGUGCGCCAGGUUCGAGCCGCAGCUGCUGGAUGAUGCCUCGAACCGUCUCGGGAGGAAGCAGCCGACGGGAAGCGCCGAUCGUUCCGAAUCCGGAGGCGCGGUUUGUGACAAGCGAGCGUCGGUUCUUCAGCGGGCCCGCCAGUACGACGCUUUGAACACGUCGCCGAGAAUGCAGCAGCCGCCGGUCAAGCCUCCGCGGACGUUCGCUCACGAUAUCUACACCGAAAUGAAGCAGCGCAUGUGGCCCAACGCCAGUAGGCGCGGCACUGCGCCUUCGCUCUCGGCCGACGACUCGCGAGUGGUCGUCGCCCACGACUACGACGAGGUGUGCGUCGAUGGGAUGCGGCGCAGUGUGAGCGACGAGCACAUCUAUGCCGAACCCGGUGCGAGCCGCAGCUGUUGUGCAAAGCCUCGGGAGCUCCACUACAUGAGCUCUCCAAUAUCCGGUGUCAUUGAAGACGGAGCACUUUCACCAGGAACUCGGCGGGGUGUCACAUCACAGAUCAGAGAUGCCAUCCGGCAGUCCUUCACGCUGGCCCGGCAGCAGCUCUCCCAGAAGCACAAGCGAGACGCCGCCGAUGGCGACACACAGCAGGCGGACAGCAGCAGCGAGGUGUCCAUCAAAGACGUCCAGAAGAGGCUGGUUUAUGUCAGGUCCAUCAAAAGGGCGUACACGUACAAUGCGUCAUGUGACGGCGAUGGGGUGGAGAAGCUCUUUGAGUUUGCGCUGCUGAUUGGCUACCGGUGCAUCGACCCCAGCAUGUCUCCCCAGCCUGAUGUGCUGUACCGCUUUCCCAAGGAGACAGACUGUCCUGGCUAUGACCCUGUGGUGAUUGCCCAUCUCUGUAUGCCACAAGAGUUUGGCUCUGAACAUGCUGCCUCCCCCGAAAGGUGUCUGUUCUUCUUUACACUAGUCCGGGAGAAUGGUGAGAAGACCUUCUUCCACUGCCUGCAGACACCCAAGGGCACGACAAGAGGAGCCCUGAUGGGGUGCCCAGAGACUCCUGUGGUGCUGUGCUUAGCCACCAGAGCAUCUGCUCCAGCCUUCUACCACAAGCUGCUGGCCGACCUGGAGGUGCCCCUGCAACGUCUGUCCGAGCCAGGCUGGACUGAGCUGCUGUCCUCGCUUGCCCAGCAGAGCCUGCCCAUGCCCGGGUGCAGGCUAAUGCGUUUCUCCCUGGGACAAGGAGACGUUGCAACUGCCCGGCCUCUUGAUGACAAAUUUGACUGGGCACGACUGACACCCCUGCUCGCAACGCUGGAGCCGCCUGUGCUAAUGCGGAUUGUGUCAUCGCUCAUCCUUGAGAGGAGGAUCAUUCUGGUCUCGGAGGACAGCAGGCUGGUGCGAGGCUGGCUCGAGUCCCUGGAGUGCCUGACGUACCCUUUCCGGUGGCCGCACGUGCGAGUGCCCCUGGUGCCCAAGAGCCUGCUGGCCCUGUGCUCCUCAGGCGAACCGUACUUGCUCGGGGUGCAUGCCGCUCUGGCCCACACCGCACUCGAGCUGCUCUCAGGACCGGUGCUGGUGGUGGAUGUUGAUCGAGGCGCAUUGCUGUGUGAGGACGAAGACAACCAAGACGUGGUGCCCAAGAAAUUGCGGCAGUCUCUUUGCACUGCACUCAGCUUGGCCAAUAACAUGACUGAUCCGACGGGCCGUGUGCGAGACAUGAUGAUCACAGAGGCCUUUGUUCGUCUGUUUGUUGAGCUGGUGGGACAUUGUGACCUGCACAUCAUCCUGUCGGACGACCUCAAGGAAUCCACCUUUCAACGUGAUGCCUUCAUGCGUUCCCCAUCCUCACGAGGUGCCCAGAUGUUUCUACAGUGGUUUGUAGAAACGCAAGCAUUUGAACAGUUCCUUCGUGAACGAACACAGCGCUUGCGGCAGCUUGCAAAAACGCCCCAUCACCACCUGUUGCCAAAAGGGUUGUUCGAGCGGCGGGCAGGUGAGUACUUGCUGGACCUGGAGCACACGAGUCGUGGCCUUCGGGAGCUUGGCAAGAAGGUCAAAACAAUUGGUGAGAAGUUCUGGAACUUGAAGGCUUUUCAGCGUGAAUGAAGUGGGCGACUUGUCAGUGCAUGCAAGAAGUUCUGCAGCUUGAAGGAGAACGAAAUGGGCGUGCCUUUGUAUAUUGUGCGCCGUAACAGCUCCGCGCCAACGUUGGAAUCAUGGUGAUCCGUCUCAUAUGUUCAAACAUGAAUAUAUAUUCACAAUCUUUUGAUUGUGCCCUGACCUGUAUAUAAAAAAGAGUUCUUGGAAAAACCAUG